GUAAGGUGAGGCUGUCAUUUACCUCAUGGCUCAAGUCGCUUCAGUGAAACGGGUGUCCCUGCCCUUUGCACAGUGUUCCCAUUCUGCGGCAUGAGAGGAUGGGGGAGGCGGCUGGAGCUGCAGGUAUUGUUAUUGUGUGACCUCACAGCAGCUUGGAGACAAAAAUGUCAAAUCCAUCCUGAAGUGAUAUGUGCAGUUGUCGGUAUUCAUCACUGUAGUUAAGUUAUCAAGAUUUGGAAGACAAGUGAAAUUACUUGACGCAAGCCACUAUCGGCCAAGACUUUACACGCAGAUCCUGCAUUUCCAUCUCUUCUGCUUAAAAAUGACCGAUUGCUUUUCAGUCUCUGACUGUGACAUCAUUGGUUUUGACCUGGACCACACUCUUUGCCAGUACAAGCUGCGGGAAUCCAACAAGCUCAUUUAUGACAGUUUUGCUCAGUAUUUGGUGGCUGAAAAAGGUUACAGUGAAGAGUUGCUGUCUGUUGCACCUGAAGAAUGGGAUUUCUGCUCCAAAGGUUUGGUUCUGGAUUUGGAAAAAGGAAACUUUUUAAAGCUUGGAGCUGAUGGAACUAUUCUCAGGGCAUGCCAUGGCACCAAGACAAUGUCUGCUGAGCAGAUCGAGGAAGCAUAUGGAGAGAAGAGGGAGUGGAAACAUUUCAAAGCAAUUAAUGGAACUUAUGCACGUUCAGCUAAAUACUACUUUUAUGACAACUAUUUUGAUUUGCCUGGAGCCCUCUUAUGUGCCAAAAUAGUUGAUACUUUAGAAACGAAGACUGAUGGAGAGAAGACAUUUGAUUUCUGGAAGGAUAUGAUUUCUGCAAUAGAACACAACUAUAAAACUUCAGCCUUUAAAGAAAACUGUGGGACGUAUUUUCCAGCUGUUAAAAGGGAUCCAAGCAAAUAUUUAAAGCCUUGCCCGGAAUCUGUGAAAAACUGGAUAAGGAGCUUGAAAAAUGCCGGAAAAGUCCUUUUAUUAAUUACUAGUUCACACAGUGACUACUGUAGACUGUUGUGUGAACACAUCAUCGGGAAGGACUUUGAAGAGAUGUUUGACAUUAUAAUAACUAAUGCUUUGAAGCCUGGAUUUUUUUCUCUCACUCCACAACAAAGGCCUUUCUGGACUCUCGAAAAUGAUGUAGAGAUUGAUGCAUUACCAUCCCUGAAAAAGUCAGGAUGGUACUCACAGGGCAACUGGAUACAACUUUAUGACCACUUAAAGACAUUAACUGGAAAACCUGAACCCAAGGUUGUGUAUUUUGGUGACAGCAUGCGGUCAGAUAUUUUCUCAGUCCGUCGCUAUAGUAACUGGGAGGCUGUCCUAGUCCUAGAGGAGUUGGAAGGUGAUGAGGUCCAUGAGCCAGACGUGACAGACUUAGGAUCUUCCUUAAAGAAAAAAGGAAAGUAUGAUAGUCUUCAGCAUCAAGAACCAUAUUUUGUAUCAAACAAGUGGGGGUCCUAUUUUGCAGACACCCUCACUGACCUGAAAGGUGCACAGGAAACUCCUAUAAUAACUUGGUGUUGUGCAAGUAUCAUGAAUUACAGCACUAUCGCUAUCCCAAGCAUUAAGGCAAUAGUAGACCUGCCUUUGGACUACAAGUUUACCAGAUUCUCUAGCAAUAACUCAGACACUGAUGGUUAUUAUCCACAACCACCCAAAGUCUUGCUACUUCAGAAAAAGGAAGGGGCUGCUGCAUAAUUCACAUGGUUUCCUUAUCCCAUAAAUGGCUGUAACUGUUUCAAACCUUAUAUAAAAUGAAAAACAAAAAAUGGUGUCUGCCCCUUAAGGUCUGUGACAUCAUGAUCUUGUGUCUUCAAAACCAGAUUUUGGAAUUGAACAUGGCACUUCAUGUUCAAAGGGCUGUUUAGAACUGAUGAUGGACAGAAAGUCAGACAUUUCAAGCUAUUAUAGUGUCUUUAAUACAUAGAUUAUUCUGACCAAAUAGACUGUUGUAAACACUUGUUUCCAGAAUAAAACUACUCCUUAGCUAGUAGUAAUUUAAUUAAAAAUAUGUGGUCUAAAUACGGUCAUGCAGAGAGUACUGUUUUGUAAUGGUUUUGUAUUGGACUCACAUAUAAUAAGAAACGUGCCAGUCUGACAUUUUUAUAAAUGUGCCAAGGAAGGAUGAUUUUACAAAAUCAAAUAAUUAUGAUACCGUGUUUUAUGGUUGACUAAAUAAAGCAAAUAUUACAA